UUGAAGAAUUCACUUAAUUGCUUUGUGCUCCAAUUUCUCUGACUCACUGUGCUACAGUAGAACCUCAGAGUUCCAAACACCCGAGUCAACCCCACACCUCAUUUGGAACUGGAAGUAGCAGCAAAGUUUUAAAAAAAAAGCAGCAAAUACAGCACAGUUCUGUGUUAAACAUGAGCUACUAAAAAGGAAAGUUUAAAAAGAUUUGACAAGGCCAUUGUCAGAUGGAUACUUCUGCCAGCGAACCAGAGAUGGAGAUACCAACAACAACAUAUAGCUAUGAUGAAGAUGACACAGUACCAUGCCAAAAAGCUGAUGUUAAUCGAUUUGCAUCCCAGUUUCUGCCACCACUGUACUCCUUGGUGCUGAUAUUUGGCCUGGUGGGCAACGCGCUUGUUGUGCUGAUCUUGAUAAAAUACAAGAGGCUGAAAAGCAUGACUGACAUCUAUCUGCUGAAUCUGGCAAUUUCNGAUUUGCUUUUCAUUUUUCCCCUACCAUUUUGGGCUUACUAUGCAGCACAUGAGUGGGUUUUUGGAAAUGCAAUGUGUAAAAUUCUUUCAGGGGUCUAUUAUGCUGGCUUCUACAGUGGGAUGUUUUUCAUAAUACUUUUGACAGUCGAUAGAUAUCUGGCAAUUGUCCAUGCAGUGUUUGCUUUAAAAGCUAGGACAGUUACUUAUGGCAUUCUCACAAGUGUUGUCCUUUGGGGUGUAACAUUAUUAGCUUCUCUUCCAGGGUUAAUAUUUCACAGUAUUCAAAAGGAAGGUACUCGUUGGACCUGCAGCCCUCAUUAUCCAUCAGGUUAUGAAAGAGAAUGGAAGCAAUUCCUGAUAUUAAAGAUGAAUAUCCUGGGACUUUUCAUUCCACUGGUCAUUAUGAUCUUCUGCUAUGCAGCAAUUAUAAAAACAUUAUUGAGAUGUAGGAAUGAGAAAAAACACAAGGCAGUCAGGCUUAUUUUUGUCAUAAUGGUUGUUUAUUUUAUCUUCUGGGCACCAUAUAACAUUGCUGUUCUCAUGUACACUUUUCAAGAGUCACUUUCCAUGAACAACUGUGAAAGCAGCGGUCAGCUGGAGUUAGCAAUCCAAGUGUCAGAAGCCAUUGCAAUGUUCCACUGUUGUAUCAACCCCGUGAUCUAUGCCUUCGUUGGUGAAAAGUUUAGGAAAUAUCUUUAUAAUUGUUCCCAAAAAUACAUUGCAGUCUACCUCUGCAAACACUGUCCUGCUCUUCGUAGUGUUAAAUUAGAACCGGUUGUCUCAACAUACACUCCAUCCACUGCAGAGCAGGACAUCUCUGCAGGUUUGUAAAGUGCAUUAGAAAUGUAGCCAGUAAAAGUUUCAUCCUCCUUUUAAUUUAAAAUGUUGUGGAAGUAAUCAAAAUUCAAGUGGGCAUUACCAUUAAAAAUUAUAGAGGUACCAGUCACAGUAGCUAAUUUUUUGUGUGUGUGGCACUGCAAUAUUUCUCAUUCUCUGCCCAGAGAAGACUACCAACUUCACAGUAAGUGAAGUACCAUCUUUUGAUGAGCAUCCUCUUCAACAUGGAAUUCAAUGCAGUAAGAUUUUGUUCUCUAGAAGUUGGCUAAGGAACAAAGUGUAAACAUGAUUGUCACUGCGCCCCCUUGCUUUAUGAAAAUUGAACAUGCAUAACUCAGAACUGCUUUACGCAAAAUAGAUCUUGUAACACAUUUUAAAGUUACAAUCUGUUGAAUUUGUAUGUCCUGUUUUUGUGUAUGUAUCAUUCUUGUAGGAGAAGUUAGAAAUAUGAAGUGUGAAUCUGGUUUUAAUUCUAAAUGUGCUAAUGAGGGUUAUAAGUGAUACUUCAGGAUCUCAAUGGCUCAGUAGUCAAAUCAAUGACCCAUGAAUGAUUUUUAUUUUUCCUAUAAACUCAAACUAUGGUUGGUCGUAAUAUUGGUACUGGAAUCCAUCUUGGGUCUAGUACUUUUCCACCCUGGGGGAAAGUCUAUUUAAGGAAGGGAAAGCAAUUAGGUCUUUUUCUUCAGCUGGCCUUUGGAAACUGCCUCGCUCACCCUAAGGAAAUACACAUGCAGAAACCUGAAAACAAAGAACUCUAAAGAACUCUGAAAAGCUGUAGACCCAGUGACCCAGAGUAAAGAUCAACUCUGACUUGAAGCAUUUUACCUUAAAUAAGAACAACUGCUUAGGGUAAGAAUUUGCAUGUAACAAGUUUCUUAGUGGAUUAGAAUUAGUUGGUGUCUUUUAUGUUUAAUUUAAUUUAGUAACUUACUUUGAUCUGUCUA